AUCUAGUCUAGAUAGAUCUAAUCGUUAAUAAUGUUAGCAGACUGUAUUUUAAUUGUCUUUAUUUCUAUAUGCACAGCAUUUUUAGGAGAAGGGCUAACAUGGGUCAUGGUAUACAGAACAGAGAAAUACAAAAAGUUGAAAGCUGAGGUUGAAAAACAAAGUAAAAAAUUGGAAAAGCAGCGCGAGACAGAAACAAAUGAUCGUGUGCAGAAAAAAAAACUAGAGAGACAAGAAGAAAAGUUAAAAAAUAACAGUAGAGAUCUGUCAUUGGUGAAAAUGAAGUCUAUGUUUGCUAUAGGGUUUGCCUUCACAGCACUUCUUAGCAUGUUUAACUCCAUAUUUGAUGGUCGUGUGGUAGCUAAUCUCCCCUUUGUACCAAUCUCCUUCAUUCAAGGAAUUUCACAUCGAAAUCUUCCUGGGGAAGAUUACACUCAUUGUUCAUUUAUUUUCCUCUACAUCUUGUGUACAAUGUCUAUCAGACAGAACAUCCAGAAACUCUUAGGUCUAGCUCCAUCCAGAGCAGCCAGUAAACAGGGCACAGGAUUCUUUUCACCACCAACUCAGCUUGGCAGAUAAAAGAGCUUAUUUUAUUACUACUCAGUGACUUAUCAUUAUAAACUCAAUAUUUAGAAUUUAUUCUUCUUUUUAAUUUUAUAUUAAAUACAUUUUGUUCUUAAUGUAUAUUUUUUCUUUUAGUAUAUUAUAUUUUAGUAAAUUAACUAUCAUUGCUAUUAAAUUUUGUAUAAAAUUAUUGACAGAUAUAACUUGAUGUUGAUUUCUUGAAAUGUUAGCCUGUGAUUGCAUUUAAAAACUAUCAUUAAGAAAGAAAUCACAAUUGUAUACAAUGUUACAUUAGACAUUGAAUACAAAAGAAGACUUGUUCCACUUGUAGUAUUUAUUUGAUGUGGUGUGGAGAAAUAGAUGAAUGUGACUGUUAUAAAAGUACCAAGUUAACUUUAAGAUUAAACAUCCAUUAUUUCUAAAAAGAA